AUGUCAUGGCUUCGCCUCGUGUCGGUUCUGUUAUGUGCGUUGAUGCUGGUGAAGGCACGCGAAACCUGGCAGAAGCCGGGAUGUCAUAAAGUGGGACACACGCGAAAGAUAAGCAUUCCGGACUGUGUCGAGUUUACCAUCACCACCAAUGCGUGCCGUGGGUUCUGUGAAUCGUUUGCCGUGCCGUCGGCUCCGUUCGCACUCGUCGGUCACAAACCUCCGCAGCCUGUCACAUCCGUGGGACAGUGCUGCAACAUCAUGGAGACGGAAGACGUGCGGGUGCGUGUGCUGUGCGUUAAUGGUAUCCGGAAUCUGACCUUCAAGUCGGCAACAAACUGCUCCUGUUACCAUUGCAAAAAGGAUUAA